AACGGUGCGGGUGAAAGUUGCUUCGGCUGGAAAUACAUUCUAAACGGUUCGUCUGUGUGCGCUGCUACCUGUUCUUUUGUCUGCUGUGUGCGUUCCCUCCGAUAAGAAUCGCCGAUUGCCAAUAUUUUAUCAUCUUGGCAGACCUAUUAUAUAACCCUCACGAAAGACAUAGCUAUCGGCCAUUGACACUGCAUUUUAAAAACCCUCCCUAUGUAGUCAGCGGUAUAUGCUGUGUUUCUUGUAUACGCCUACAUAUACAUACAUAAGUACAUAUGCGCAAAGAAGCGUUGUCGGGUGAAACUUGUUUACCAGCGAUAACGCGUCGCAGUUAGGUCACCAGCAUCGGGCUGAUAAGAGCUGUUUUCUGAGGCGGGCCUCAGAAAAAAAACGCUGCUUACAAAACAUUCAACACCGCUUUGUGACCAAUUCACUGAGACGAUAGAUUUGGUGGCACCGGACAACCGACUUUUUGUGACACGUUCCAUUCCUUACUGAUAAGAUACAUUUGCAACCCAUAUCAUCAUUCAGCCCGACCAUGAGCCCUCUCCCCCGAGUCAACAUCGACGAGCCAAAAUACGAUCAGAACUCGUAUUUGGGCAGAGCCAAGCACUUCUUUCUGCUCACCAACCCGAUCAACGUGCUGGCCUCCUCCUCGAAACUGGAGGAGGCCCGCCAGAUCGUACUAAAGUAUCGCGCCGGCAAGGAUGUUCCCGAGUGCAAGAGCAUCGACGAUGUGUGGCGAGCCAAAUACCUGUACGAUUCGGCUUUCCAUCCGGAGACAGGCGAGAAGCAGAUAGUCAUCGGGCGCAUGGCGGCGCAGAUGCCCAUGAACACGAUCAUUACCGGGGGCAUGAUGGCCUUCUACAAGAGCACAGCCGCCGUUGUCUUCUGGCAGUGGUGUAAUCAGACGUUCAACGCUAUUGUUAACUACACGAACCGCUCGGGCACCUCGCCCAUUAGCCAGCCGCAACUGCUCACCUCUUACUGCCUGGCGACCGGCGGAGCCCUGGCGACAGCCCUGUCCCUAAAUCGGGCGGUGAGGAACAUGAAUCCGCUCAUUGGCCGACUGGUCCCCCUGGUGGCAGUGGGCGCGGCCAACUGCAUCAACAUCCCCUGCAUGCGGAUGCAGGAGCUACGAAACGGAGUGGUACUACUGGAUGAGAACAACAACGAGAUGGGGAUUUCCCAGAAGGCGGCCGUUGUGGGAAUCUCAGCCGUUAUCCUUAGUCGAAUUGCCAUGGCCAUCCCGGGAAUGACUCUGACCCCUGUUCUGAUGAAUGUCCUCGAGAGGAGGGGAUUCCUGGCCAAAUACCCGCGGUCCAACGCCCCCAUUCAAACGCUCUUCUGUGGCUUCGUGCUGAUUUUCGCCACGCCUCUCGGAUGCGCCUUCUUCAAACAGCGCGCUGGCAUUAAGGUCGACGCUCUAGAAUCGGAAGUGCGCGACAGCAUUAAAAAGAAGCGUCCGGAUCUGGACACCGUCUGGUUCAACAAGGGACUCUGAGCCCCUGUGCACUUUAUGAGCUUAACGAAGACAAUAUUGCUUGAUUCAGCUGCCUAUUUAUUUACUCACCUUGCAUUUAUUGGCAGUUUGUCUGUUGAGUUUUGUUUGAAAUACUCAUGAUAUUAUUCCUGACCGCACAUUAUUACCGAGCACCAUAACUCGGCACGGUGGUGAUCAAAUUAUAUAUGCAGCGUAUCUGUUAGUGAUUGUGUAAAAGCGAAAGAUACCAAAAAUAAAUGCUGUUAACUGUU